AUGGACAUUCAUCCAUCUUACAGUAUAUUAUUAGGAAGGCCAUGGAUUCAUGCAGCUGGAGCAGUGGCUUCUUCAUUGCACCAAUGCUUGAAGUAUAUCAUGAACGGAAUGCUUAUAACUGUCAAAGCCGAAGAGAUAGUUUCCAUGAUAAGAAAUGUGGCCAUACCUUUUAUUGAAGCAGAAGAUUGUAGAGAUGGGAAUAUUCAUGCUUUUGAAAUUGUGAAUGCAGAAUGGGUUCCUGAAGGAACAGUGCUGAGAAAGCCUCAAAUCCCAGAAGCGGCAAAGAUGGUUGCCAAAUGCUUUUUAAAGAAUGGGGUUCCUUUUCAAUGUAAUCCUGAGACUAGAAUGCCUAGCCUGAUCAAGCCAAACUAUGCAAAUCAAAGAUUUGGGCUUGGAUAUAAGCCCAAGAAAGACGAUUACAAGCGGGUCACUCAGGUUAAAAGAGAAGCAAGAAUGGCGAGAAUUGAAGGAAGAGAGCCAGAAGAAGAAGAAUUUGUCAUCCCACCACUCCGAGUGUCUUUCCCAAAGGCUGCAGAAGUGAUUAGAUCUGGCAUAGUGGAUCUUCACAUCAAUACCUUGGAGAGCCAAGAAGAAAAACGAAUAGAGGAAGCGGAUCUGGAGAUAAAGGAUGAGGUUUUGCCACAGCUCUCCAUUCACACCAUUGAUGAACCUCCUGCCAGAUUUUUCGUGCGAAGAUUGGCUGAAGGGGAGGUGUACCAGAACUGGAAGAUGGAGCCUGCUCCUAUUGUGUUUAAAAAGAAUUCUGAAAGUUCCAUCAAUCCACAAAAUCAUUGCACUAAGAAUAAUUGGCCAAACUUUGAUAAUAUGAUUGCAAUGGAUGAUGAAGAAUGGGAAGAGGAAGAUUUAAAAGAGUUUACUAAGCUGGUAGAAAAUUCAGAAAAAGCCUGGGAACCGGCCAGUGAGAAACUAGAAGUCAUUAAUGUCGGAGAUGAACAAGAUAGUAAGGAAUUAAAGAUUGGCACUCUUGUCACAACUGAAGAAAGAAAUAGACUAGUCUCUCUAUUACACGAGUAUGUAGAUGUUUUUGCCUGGACUUAUGCCGACAUGCCUGGUCUAGAUACUGACAUAGUUGUACACAAGAUUCCCUUAAUCGAAGGGAGCAAGCCAAUUAAGCAGAAAACCAGACGAAUGCGCCCGGACAUGUUACUCAAGGUAAAGUCCGAGAUACGAAAACAGUGGGAUGCAGGGUUUCUAGAUGUAGUCCAAUAUUCACAAUGGGUAGCUAAUGUGGUCGUAGUCCCGAAAAAGGAUGGGAAGAUUCGGGUGUGUGUGGACUAUAGAGAUUUGAACAAGGCGAGCCCAAAAGAUGAUUUUCCUUUGCCCCAUAUAGACAUUCUCGUUGAUAAUGCUGCAAGAAAUGCUACAUAUUCUUUUAUGGAUGGAUUCUCUGGUUAUAAUCAAAUUAGAAUGGAUGAAGAAGAUAAAGAGAAGACCACUUUUGUCACACCAUGGGGAACGUUUUGCUAUAAAGUAAUGCCAUUCGGAUUGAAGAAUGCUGGAGCCACAUAUCAAAGAGCAAUGGUUACCCUAUUCCACGAUUUGAUGCACCAAGAAGUGGAAGUUUAUGUGGAUGACAUACUUGCAAAAUCAAAGAAAGAGGAAGAUCAUGUGCAAGUGUUUAGAAGACUAUUUGAAAGGCUUCGAAAAUUCCAGCUAAAGUUAAACCCUGCAAAAUGCUCAUUCGGGGUGAAGAUAAGAAAAUUAUUGGGCUUCAUUGUGAGUGGUCGAGGAAUAGAAGUUGAUCCUGAUAAAGCUAAAGCUAUCCAGGAGAUGCCUGCUCCUAGAACAGAAAAUGAAGUACGAAGUUUUCUCGGGCGCCUGAAUUACAUAGCUCGAUUUAUAUCCCAGUUGACGGUGACUUGUGAACCAAUCUUUCGUUUGCUCAGAAAGAAAAAUCCUGGAGUAUGGGAUGACGAUUGUCAAGAAGCCUUCGAUAAAAUAAAGAGGUACUUACAGAACCCACCAUUACUAGUACCGCCAACACCGGGGAGGCCUUUGAUCCUGUACUUGACAGUAACAGAAACAGCUAUGGGCUGCGUGUUGGGGCAACAUGAUGAGUCAGGAAGGAAAGAGCAAGCUAUCUACUACUUGAGUAAAAAAUUCAAUGACUGUGAGUCGAGAUAUACAACAAUUGAGAGGUUGUGUUGUGCCUUGGUUUGGAGUGCCAAAAGACUUCGGCAGUAUAUGCUAUACUACACAACCUGGUUGAUUUCAAAGUUAGACCCGCUCAAGUAUAUUUGUGAAAAGCCUUACCUGUCAAGUAGAAUAGCAAGGUGGCAAGUGUUGUUGGCGGAAUAUGACAUUGUCUUUAUAACAAGAAAAGCGGUAAAAGGAAGCAUAAUUGCCGAUCAUCUUGCAGAUCACGCCAUGGAGGACUAUGAGCCACUAAACUUUGACCUCCCAGAUGAAGAUGUGAUAGCAGUCGAGAAUGAAAGUGGGGAAAACGAUCAGUGGACCCUCUACUUUGAUGGGGCAGUAAAUGUAUCGGGUAAUGGAGCUGGAGCUAUAGUGAUUUCCCCAGAAAAUAAGCAGUAUCCCGUUUCAACAAGGUUACUGUUUGAAUGUACCAAUAACACUGCCGAGUACGAAGCCUGCAUCAUUGGCCUGGAGGCUGCUCUAGAACUUAAAGCCAAUAAGCUCGAGGUCUUUGGGGAUUCCUUACUAAUCAUCUGCCAGGUCGAAGGUGAGUGGCAAACCAAGGAUGAGAAGUUGAAGUUGUAUCAAAGUUAUCUCUUGAAGUUAGCCGACGAAUUUGAAGAAAUCAAAUUCACCCAUGUAAGCAGAGAUAAGAAUCAAUUUGCUGAUGCCUUAGCAACCUUAGCUUCGAUGACACAAGUUGAUGCUAAAAGCAGGAUACAACCAAUAAAUAUCGAGGCCAGAAGCUUUCAAGCCCAUUGUUACUUCAUUGAAGAAUCUCCAGAUGGGAAACCAUGGUCAUUUGAUGGGACUCUGCUUAGAUGUUUGAAUGAAAAUGAGAUUGAACAAGCAUUAAAAGAAGUCCAUAAGGGGAUCUGUGCUACACAUGCUAAUGGGCAUACAAUGGCGAAACAAAUUCAAAGGGCUGGAUACUUCUGGUUGACCAUGGAGAGAGAUUGUGUAGACUAUGUGAGGAAAUGCCAUAAGUGUCAAAUAUAUGGCGACAAAAUAAAUGCGCCUCCGGCACCUCUGUUCAAUAUGAUCUCGCCUUGGCCUUUUGAUAUGUGGGGUUUGGAUGUUAUAGGGCCAAUCAACCCCAAAGCAAGCAAUGGGCAUAGAUUCAUUUUGGUGGCCAUCGACUACUUCACCAAAUGGGUAGAAGCCAGCUCUUAUGCCCAUGUAACACAGAAAGUAGUCAAGAGAUUUAUUGAAAAGGAUUUGGUCUGUCGUUAUGGUCUGCCAGCAAGGUUGGUAACUGACAACGCCCAGAAUUUGAAUGGGAAGCUGAUUGACGAAUUAUGCACCAAAUGGAAGAUUAAGCAUCUCAACUCUUCCCCUUAUAGACCAAAGAUGAAUGGGGCAGUCGAAGCAGCUAACAAGAAUCUCAAGAAGAUUAUCCAGAAAAUGGUGGUCACCUACAAGGAUUGGCAUGAGAUGCUCCCCUAUGCACUUCAUGCGUAUCGUACCACUGUUAGAACUUCUACAAAUGCCACCCCAUACUCUUUAGUAUAUGGAAUGGAAGCGGUUGUGCCCUUGGAAGUAGAAAUCCCAUCACUGCGGAUUCUGAAGGAUGCAGAAUUGGACGAAUCAGAAUGGGCAAGGUCAAGAUUUGAGCAACUAAACUUGAUCAAUGAGAGAAGACUAGCAGCUAUUUGCCAUCACCAGUUAUACCAAAGCAGGAUGGCCAAAGCUUACAACAAGAAGGUCAAACCAAGGGUGUUCAAGGAAGGGGAUUUGGUGUUAAGGAAGAUCCCACUAGCAUCAGGAGAAGAUCAAAGCAAGUGGGCACCAAACUACGAAGGGUCAUAUGUGGUGAAAAAGGCUUUUUCUGGAGGGGCUUUAAUUCUGACUAAUAUGGAUGGAAGGGAUCUACCAAGGCCUGUAAACUCAGAUGUUGUAAAGAAGUACUAUGCUUGA